GGGGGAGUAUCUCUCGCUUUCUCUUCCUGUGACUGCAUCAAAUGCAUGAUUUGCGCGCGCAUCCAUCGUCUCUAUUGGCCUGUCAACUUCAUUCUCGCCGGCCUGCCCCCCGCCUAAAUCCCACCGCCCAAUCUUACUGAACCUCCCUCCCUCCCUCUCCUCCCCCCCCCCCCCCCCCCCCCUCUCUCUCUCUAGAAUGUCGACUAUUACAAUCAGCAGACUCGUAAGCCUCUGUUUUCAACAUCUGUCACAGGGUUAGGGUUUACCAUUGAAUUCGCAAAGGGGUUUAAAGUGACGGCAUCAGGAUGUGCCGGACUACAAGAUUAACGUUAUUAAUUUCCGUUCUUUUGAUUUCGCUCGUCCCCCGAGAGUCGAAAUCUUCUCUAAUCAAAACGUUCCUUAAAUUCUCCGCAGAUGACAGCCCCAACAAAUCAAUUCAGAUUCCGCCUUCGCCAAGCCCUAGUCCAAGCAUUGGUUUGGAUUCUGGAGGUGGAGAAAAUUCUGGUGGAGAGAGGGGUAAUGAUGAACACGAUCAGGUGCCUUCCAAUCCGCCCAAGCCGGAACUUAUUGCUAGCAUAACUGAUGAGACGUGUAAUAUUUCGUCUACUAUGUCAUGCCGGGAUUCGAACAACAUGACCGCGUGCCUUUCGAAUGGCAAAACUGGACCAGAAGGAUCAUAUCUUGUUGUCCAGAAUGAUAUAGACACCCCAGUAAACGUGAAUUUGACAAUCUUGCCUUCAAACAUUACUUUCAAGGAAAUAGAACUACAGAAACACCAAGCCAAGAAGAUCAAUAUUUCAGAAAUUAUUGGAGGAAGUCAGUCGAUUAUAUUGAAUGCUGGAAAUGGGAAUUGCACAAUUCACAUUGCAUCUCCCGCCCCAGAAGACAACUCCGAAAAGAAUUUUCAAUGGGUUGGCGUCAAUGUGAACCCCACACAUGGUGCUUAUAUACUGGUUUUGAUGUUUUUGAUUGGCGGAGGGGCUUGGGCCUGCUUUGAGUUGAGAAAAAGAGGACGGCAUCUUGAUGGGGUCCCUUAUCAGGAACUCGAAAUGGGACAGCCAGAAAUUGUUUUGGCUGCGAAUGUGGAAACCAAGGGAGGUUGGGAUGAAGAUUGGGAUGAUGACUGGGAUGAGGAAAAGGCGGUGAAAUCGCCUGGCGGAAAGCGUUUAAGACGAGGGAAGGCAAAUGGAAAUGGCGUUGCUUCCGGAUCUUCUCGCGACGAUGGAUGGGGCAAUGAUUGGGACGAUUAGGUAAGUUUUCUUUUGUUACGCAUUACUAUACAGAAUUGGUUCCACAAUUCCAUAAGUCUUCAAAAAAGAAGGGAAGAGGAAAACUAGAUAGAGGAAAGGAAAAUAGAUGGCUCAACCACGAACUAUAGCACGUGGAAUACGAUGUUUGAGUUUUUCUUUUCACAUAUUAGAAGAACCUAUAGUAUCCCAACUCCAACCCAAUCCAUCGAUAAGGGCGACCACUUUCUCUCCGUAGGAGUCUAACGUACAAUCUCGCUGCACCUAUGUGCAGUUACACAACCGUUGGGCCAAUCAUCCUGGACGGCACUUGAGUUUAAACAGUUUGAGGGUAUGGCAUUAGUAUGAACAGUUUUGCUUUUUGUAAUUCAUUUCUGAUAUUAAAAUAUACACAGUAUUUUAAUGCUUGACAAAAGGUAUUGAGCGCAGAAUUCUCUCACUGUAUGCCGUAAUUAAUACUCUACUUUCUCUUCGUUUCAAGAAAGCUUGUUUAUCCUUUUGAUUUC